CGAACCGGAGCCGAGCGGAGCCGAGCGGAGCCGAAGAUGCCCCGGCGGGACUCGGGCUCCGUGUGGCUGUGCGCGCGCUUCUCCUACCUCUGCCUCAAGUUCACGCUCAUCACCUACUCCACGCUCUUCUGGCUGAUAGGCGGCCUUGUCCUUUCCGUGGGGAUCUAUGCUGAGGUUGAACGACAGAAGUACAAAACGCUGGAAAGCGCCUUCCUAGCCCCCGCCAUCAUCCUGAUCCUGCUGGGGAUCGUCAUGUUCAUCGUCUCCUUCAUCGGCGUCCUGGCGUCCCUCAGGGACAACCUGAGUCUCCUCAGAGGGUUUAUGUUCAUCCUUGUGAUCUGCCUGAUAAUCGAGCUUAUUGGUGGAGUGGUGGCCUUGAUCUUCAGGACCCAGACAAUUGACUUUUUAAAUGACAACAUUCGAAGAGGAAUAAAGAAUUACUAUGAUGACCUGGAUUUCAAGAACAUAAUGGAUUUCUUUCAAGAGCAGUUCAAGUGCUGUGGAGGGGAAGACUACAAAGAUUGGGGCAAAAAUCAAUACCACGAUUGCACCAGCCCCGGGCCUUUAGCUUGUGGAGUUCCGUACACCUGCUGCAUAAGAAAUAAGACAGAUGUCAUCAACACAAUGUGUGGCUACCAAACCAUUGACCAAGAGCGCCUGAGCGUCCGAGACGUCAUCUACAUCCGAGGCUGCACCAACGCCGUCCUCAUCUGGUUCACAGACAACUACACCAUCAUGGCUGGCGUGCUCCUCGGGAUUCUGCUCCCUCAGUUCCUGGGCGUGUUGCUGUCCCUGCUGUACGUCUCCCGUGUGGAGGACUUCAUCUUCCAGUACUCGGAGCCCGACGGCCUCCUCCAGCCCUCGCAGAAGCGCGGCUCCGAGCCUGCCAGUGCGGGAUGCUGCAUGUGCUACCCCGCCUGAGCCUGGAGGACGAUGUUUCGUCAGCAUCAUCAUCAUCAAUCGUAUUUAUUGAGCGCUUACUAUGUGCAGAGCACUGUACUAAGCGCUUGGGUAGUACAAAUUGGCAGCUGCCGGAUCCGCGUCCUGACUUCCCCUCCUCCAUCCGGGAUCGGGGCUCAGUCUGGACCAUUCCAGGUGCUCUUCAUCUGUUCCUGAGCACUCCUCUUCCCCCAUCUUCCCUCCCCAUGACUGUGAUUGCCUUCUCUCCCCGCACCUCUUGAUUCUUUGGGAGAAUCAGAUCCUUCUCCGAAGAUCAUCUGGACUGCCGAGGUGGGGACUUCUUGUUCAGGACAUGGUCCUUAGGGGAGGUAGAAUAGGGGAAAACCAUCUGGGGUUUAUCCUCCUCUGAGAGUUGUUGUGUGGCCCAAGGCUGGAGACUGAUGACGGGCCUUGUCUGGCCUCAUCUCGCAAGGUCCUCGACCGGGGCUCCAGGGCUCCCCAACAAUCCCUCUUCCAGGGUUAAAGAGAGGCUGAAGUGUCCCUGACCCCUUCCCUCAGUGCUAGGGAUCAGGGAUGGAAAUCAGGUGAGACAGACUGAGCUCCUCUCAGCUGCCAAUCUGCCGUGGAUCCAGGUGAGUUAUCCUCCCCUUCUGCAAGAUGGAGGUACCCCCCUCUUUCUCCACAGGGCUGAGAUGGUGGUGAAGGGUCACCGGAGGGGCUACCAUCUUGACAAAUCUUCUGGCCACUGCAAGUCAGUGCCCGAGAGGGUUUCUGCAGUGGAGCACCAUUCCGUGUCCCCAGGCCCGGACCCCCUCGCUCGGUUCAAGCGAUGAUCCGGCAGCCUCUCCUGGGGUUCUUGCCAAUCAUCUUCCCCCUCCCUCAGCCAUUCUCCAUUUGCCAUAGCUGGUGACCCUGGUUUUUGGUCCCCUCCCUCAGCCAUUCUCCAUCUGUCCUGGCUGGUGACCCUGGUUUUUGGUCCACUCCAAAUCCCAGGGCCCAGCACAGCCCUUCCUGAGGUAGGGCUGGAAAAUCGGUUUCUUCCUGAUCCCUGAAGGGCUGAUGAUGAGGGAAGGGAGUGGAGAGAGAGAGUGUGUGUGUGUGUAUGUGUGUGUGCAGCACUAUUGUGAGCCGCUGCCUUGUCCUGUGAUAUUUAAAUGUGUGCCUUUUGAGUAUUUUUGUAUUAAUUUUUAGACAAAAAGAAGGGAUGUGCGACCUAACGAGAUUUUUAAAUCCAGGCGGCUUAACAAAGGUGCAGCUUUUAGGACCACCCCGUCCAAACUGGAGCCUCCCGGGUGAGCCACUUAAUGUGCUUUCUCGCCUCUUGGUGCCUUGUAGCCCACGCCCUGGGCGACGGUUUUGGCCGACCCGUUUUUAUGAAGUUGGAUGACCGGAUAAGGUCUUGCCUAUAAUUAAACCCGUGCGUUUGAUUAAUCCGAAUCACGGUCCCUGGGUGGUUGGCUUUUCUCUCUCCUUCUUCGCUCGGUCCCCAUCCCUUCUGCCAUCGUUGUGCGUCCCUGUGCCCUAGGCAAGUUGGUUCAUUUUAAUUAAAUAAUAAACUAGAGUUGUGAUUGA